AUGUCAAAUUGUACUGCAGUACUGUGUACCAAUCCGAUUGACGUCGUCAAAGUACGCAUGCAGCUUCAAUACGAGCUGCCGGAAGCAACACGGUAUCCGGGACUUCUACGGGGUGCGAUAAAAAUUGUGCAGAAUGAAGGACUUUUAACAUUAUGGUCUGGAGUGGAACCGGCACUUUGGAGAGAAGCAUCGUACAGUACUAUUCGCAUCGGAGCUUACGAACCUAUCAAAGAAUUAUUACACGCUGAAGGAUAUGUCCCGUUGUGGAAGAAAAUCACAGCCGGCGCUAUAUCAGGUGGAGUUGGCGCUUGUCUCACUUCUCCUACAGAUCUUAUAAAAAUACGACUUCAAGCUCAACGUGGCCAAAAGAACUACUCUUAUUCCUCCACAAUUCCAGCAUUUCGACACAUAUUUCGAGAGGAAGGCCUACGUGGUUUAUACCGAGGUGUUGGUCCAACUACUCAACGAGCAAUCAUACUGACUGCCUCGCAAGUCGCCAGUUACGAUGAAACUAAGCAGUUCCUUCUUCCAUACACAAAAGAAGGUAUACACACUCAUUUUCUCGCAGCUAUGUCAGCAGGAUUUAUCGCUGCCGUUACAACAUCUCCUAUAGAUUUAAUCAAAUCGCGAAUAAUGAACGCACCUACAGGUCGAUAUCGAGGUGUAAUCGAUUGUGGAAGACAAGUUAUAAAAGCUGAAGGACUACGAGGACUCUACACGGGAUUCGUUCCAGUAUGGCUCAGGGUCGGCCCUCACUCGAUGAUCACGUUUGUCGUCUUCGAGCAAUUGCGACGGUUGGCAGGUAUGAAGCCUAUAUAA